CAUAUAAGAUGACUGUCAACCUCGCAAAAGUUAGCAACCCUGAGCCGGAGAUGUCGACCCUACCCAGCCCUAGCCCACCUAGGGAGUCUGCCCUCCAACGGACGUGGAAGUACGUGCUCGAAGAAUGCGACCCGGACAUGUCGACGGUGCCGCUGAGCUGCUAUUGCCUUAUGACGGGUUACAUCGACUCGAUUACUUUCAGCGCGUGUUACAUUUGGUGCGCUUUCCAGACUGGGAACACUAUUCAACUCUCUCUCGCCAUUUCGCGGCUCUUCACUGGUCCCUACCCCCGAGAGCUCGGCUUUCAAGAACCUGACCAGCAAGCACUCUGUUCUCUCCUCACCUUCCUGUUCGGUGCAUUCCUAGGCCGUAUCGGAGACUGGUGGGGAGCGAAGCGUCGCAGUUGGCUCAUAAUGGCCUCCCUUAUACAAGCUGGAUUUACUCUCGCCGCAUGCUUGUGUGCCCUUUAUGGUGCUCAGAGCAGUUUUGCAGGUCCGAGGGGCUCCCCAACCUGGACCAACCCACUCGGGUUUGCUGCACUUGGGUUUGCGAGCGCAAGCAUGGGGCUGCAAGCCCAUGUCGGGACACGUCUUGGGUCCCAAUUCGCUACUUCCGUCGUCCUGACCACUAUCUGGGUGCAGCUUGUUGGCGAUCCCAAGCUCUUUUCACCCCACGCGCCCAUCAAAUCCCGCGAUCACAAGGCUCUGGCUAUCUUCAUGCUCUUCCUUGGCGGACUCAUGGGGCGCGCACUGACCGGCACGAUCGGAGCCGCAAAUACGUUCGCGGUCGGUGCCGCCAUGAGGCUGCUGAUUGCGGUAAGCUGGUGGUGGGUACCGAAAAAGGCCCCGAAGCCGCAGCCAAUUGCUUCUAGUUCAUGAUUGACGUUUCUAGACAUAGACCAUGUUAUAUUUAUCCUGUGCGGCAGAGUAGUGUAGAACUGCAUAUAGUGUCGUUAGACUGAUACCGUCACCGGAAUGCUUCAAUCGCGUGGCCUCUCAGGCCCACCCAACGCCACCAUCGACCCUUCAAUCAUCUUCAUCAUGUAGGAUGUAAGGUUUUGUGCUGAUAGCUGAUGACCGACGCAUACAGGCUUGACCUCUUUCAGCAGUUCCUUGUCCGAUGGAGCGGCGAGUGGCCCCUGCCAAGUUCUUUGAUGCUGACAACCUGAUGAUUGCAGUGGUGAGGAUGCCAAGUACUAUCGAGCCACCUCGCAUGUCGACUGUCCCGAAAGAAUACUGCUGCAUCAGAACGAUCCGACCUUUAGAUUACUCACGAUAAAGAUCGAUGUGGAGGGUGUUACCUAUAUUGUCUGUGAAGCAAUGUCAGCCCUCGAUGAGCUAUUCUGAUCACGUACAGUGUCCCUUGCUGACUCGGACCAAUGCCUCAGCACAUCUCAUUCGCCGUGCUUCUGGACCAGGCAAUGAGGAAGUCUCUCGUGCUGUGGCUGCAAUUACAUAUUGCUGGGAUUCGAUGCUGUAUACCGAAUCCCGCGUUUCGGUCGCAUACUCCACAACCUGCUUCAAGGACGGCGUAUCAAGGGGCCUACCAGACGAUGUACUCCUCCGCCUCGCUGGCACCUCGACACCUGGUCAAUGGUCAGAGGAAGAUACCCCAUGCAAGCUGGCUGAUAGAGAAUGCCGGCUGG